ACCCCUCCUGCAAGGACUUUGCCAAGUACGAGUGGAUCGGCCAGAUCAUGGGGGCCGCUCUGCGGGGCAAGGAGUUCUUGGUCCUGGCGCUGCCGGGCUUCGUGUGGAAGCAGCUGACAGGGGAGGAGGUCAGCUGGACCAAGGACUUCGUGGCCGUGGACUCCGUGCUGGUGAAGUUCCUGGAAGCGGUGGAAAGGAUGGACAGAGAGACCUUUGAGUCAGAGUUUGGGAACGAGCUGACCUACACCACGGUGCUCAGCGACCAGCGCACCGUGGAGCUCAUCCCCAACGGCAGCCGGAUUGUGGUGCGCUACGAGGACCGCGAGGAGUUCGUCCGCCUGGUGCGGACCGCUCGGCUGGAGGAAAGCACGGAGCAGGUAAUUGCGCCGUGA